CCCUCUGGGAACACAAAGCGAGCACUGGGAUUGGUGGCCACUCAGGAACCACUUCGACGAUGGCCACAGAAGGACAAAGGACGCUUUGACAAUGUUCGAGGCCGAGUGGCACACCGAGUGGCAUGCCCGAUAUAAAGGGAUCACUAUGCUGAAUGUAUGCCAAUACCUCCCUCCUCCGUUUCUACUCGCUUUUACAGCAGAGACACUGAUACCAUGCAUCGUGCCCUCUGUAUCUCCGAGAUCCUCCGCGAGGUCCUCAUCUACGCCUCACAGCAGUGCAUCCGAGACGCCACUUCCCAACGUGUAUGUACAUGGCACGCUUGCGGAGACGAGCUGUCCCAUUGUUCAACCUCGUGCGCGUACAACACUGAAACGCAUACACGUCCAACGCCUCGACACAUGUUCCUGCUUGCAGUCGUGCUAAGCUGCAAGACAUUCUCGAGCGUCGCGCUCGAUUUGUUGUGGCGUGUCCUUGACUCGCCGGAGCCUCUUCGGCGAUUGAUGAAGUGCUACAACAUCUCAGACGUGGAAGACGACGCUUUCCAGACAUGCACGCGUUAUCGAGCUUAUGCUAACCGUGUCAAAGGCAUACACUCCGGCGGCGAUGUGUCUCACUACCGCGAUGCUGCCAGGCGAGCAGGGGCACGCACCAAACAGUUUUUCACCCUCCCGAGACUCCGUUCAGUCCGUAUUGACGUCACGUCUUCCUCCAAGUACCAACGUCCCUUCGGACUGCUCACAAACGCGCUCACCGACGUAUGUCUUUCAUUCGUCGGCAACUCGCGACACUGGUGUCGAGCCAGGGCGUCGAGCUACGUCGACAACUACCUCCAGUCGUUAACCAAACAGCCCUUCCUGAAUACGCUGGAACUCGACUGGAUCCCGCUCGUCCCGGACCCUGCGUUGCUUAUCGGGCUUCCGAUGCUGCGGACGCUGCGGGUUGCGCUGCUAGCGAAUGUCGUCGAGGCGAUCCCCUUCCUACACGUAUUGCACAAGUCCCGCGUCUCCGAUGUCCGCGUCUUCAUCGAACAGGAGGACUGCGACAUCCCUGUCGUGGACUACCACAGAACGAGUGUCGGGGGCUCCGUGGAACUCUACCUGAGCGGAAACCCCAGUGCGCUCUGCUUGGAUCGCCUGAUGGGCAUCUUCCCGGAGGGCGAGCGCGCGACGGAACUGCACCUCGCCUGCGAGUUCGAGUGCCCCAAUAACCGUGCGUUCGCAGAGUCGCCUCUGUCCAGCCCCGCCGUCGACGCUCUCUGCCGUGCGCUGCGCUGCGAGCGGAGUACCGCCGCCGUGGCUCUCCGCGCCCCUCCAGACCUCACUCGGUCGUCGUCCGACGGGUGGUUCACCUUCGCCGCGAUACAGCCGCUGCUCCGACUACGAUGCAUGACGCGAUUCGAGGUCAGCGCGAACGUCCGCUUCGAGCUCUCCGACGCGAACAUGGACGCCCUCGCGCGCGCGUGGCCCGACCUCGAGGCGCUCGAACUCCGCUUGUACCACGACAGCCUGCAGGGCCGCGGCGUCCUACCGACGACGUGCCCCACCUUCCGCAGCUUGGUCUCGCUCGGUCGACACUGCCGCAGGCUGUGCGAGGUGCACCUACCAUUCCGCGCUGACCUGGACGACUUGAGCUGCGAGGAAUGGUCGGCACCACAUGAGGCGAAUCGGUCUGUUCGAUGGCUCACGGUUGAUGGCGGAGAGGUCUUGUGUAGUGAGGGCAAGGUGGUAGGCAUGGCUCUGCAGCGGAUCUUCCCGUGUGCGACGCUUGACACGCACAACGUCUUUGACAUGGUGACAUGGGAUGGUAUCAUACAGGCGAAAUUACGGUCGAAAUUGAACACAGACAUGUACAGACAUUCAAUCUAAUGUAAUGUUUUUGUCUGUUUCGUACUUUCUGCUCUCACAGUCAGGCUCCUCCCCAUCCGGCAGGGGGGAUAGAGGGACCAGUCGAGAGCGAAAUACCAUUGUGAUUCUUGUC